AUGCCAGAUGAAUUCACUCACAUUGCUCCUUCUCAAGCCGAAGAUCGUAUCGAAGAUCUUUCAUCAACUGCAUCCACUGAGAAACCUGAAAGUGAUGAGGAAUUAACAGUUCCUGAUUUAGACACUCAAGAAAAACUUGAAGAAGUGGAACACGGUAUAGAUUUACAGCUUCUAUCUUCUCUAUCAGCAUCUUUUCGAGAAGUCGUCGAGUACUGUCUUACUGCUACCUACAGAGCAACCUGCAUAGCACACACACUUCCGUUGGUUGUUGGUGAUGCAAUGAAAGCUAUCUCAGGUUUGGGUUCGCAUUUAGCCCUUGCAGCAGUCGAACACGCAAGUAAGAUUGUUAAUUUUGUUCGUAAGAGUGUCUUGGACACUGAAACCGUGUACAAAGCAGUUGGUUUUCAUUUGGUAGCUAAAAACGCAACUAAAUGGAAUUCUCAGAUAAGAAUGAUUGCAGCUGUACUUAAAGCAAUCGAUAAGGACCGCAAACUUCAAUCAAAACUUAAUGCAACUAAAAAGUGGGACUGGGCCGUAGUAGCAGCCGUUAAAGCUGAAUUGGAAAUGAGAGUUCAACAGCUCCAAGUAUCACAGCCCAAUUUAACUGAGAAGAAAAUGGCUGAGCCGAGUGAAAAUCAGUCUGGUAGUACUUCUGCUGCUGUCAUUGAGGAAUUUGAUACAUUUCUAAAUGAGCCCCUUUCCUCGAUGAGAGAGUUGGUUGACCCGCUGAAAGCAAAUGGACAAACAAAACCUCGAAGGCCAUUACAAUUUUGGAAAAACAACGCCCAUCGUUUUCUUAUUUUGGCUUUAAUAGCCAAAGAUAUUUUUGCUGUUUCUGCUUCAAGUGGGAGCAUCGAACGUGUAUUUAGUACCGCAACAGAUAUUCUUCACGCUAAACUUCAGCAGAAUGAAAGCCGAUCUUUUCCAAAUGCUAAUGUUUAUUAA